GCGACCAUCGGAAAACGGAUAUCCUGCGACGUUUACUUCCAAGUGAUGCGUAAAUACAUGCCCUGUUUUGCACAUAUUUUUAUUAUUAGACGCCAAAUUUAACGUUACUAAUGUUAAAGGCAGUAUGGCCAUGUUAACAUGUUUUCCCUGCCUCUACUAAACUGCAAUCGGUGUAUUGUUCCUACUCGUCGGUACUUGAAACCUUCGCACAUUGUAAUAAUCAUCCUAGGCAGAACCCUUUUUUCUUUUUCUUUACCACGUGUAUAUUUAAAGCAAACCACAAUAGCGGUACAUUUCUCGCUUCAGAACGAAACAUGAAGUUCCGAUGUAAGAUUGUGGAUGUUAGCUGCUUGAACCACUUCAGUCGAAUUUUGAAUACUAUUGCUAAGUUGACAAAGUCAUGCACUCUCCGUCUUACAGCCUGCAAGCUUUAUUUUAUUCUUACUGAUAAAGUAGCAAAUGGAGGAGUCAGCAUGUGGUGUGAGCUAAAUCAAGAUAACUUCUUUGACGAGUAUCAACUGGAAGGAGUUUCAGCAGAGCAAAAUGAAAUUUUUCUUGAACUCAUUCCUGAAAAUGUUUCUCGAGCCUUAAAAAUGGCACAAAAUGCCAAAAGUGUAAAGAUGAAGUUAAAAAACAAGCAUUGUCCUUGUUUAACUGUGGCAGUGGAAUUGCCUUCCAUGUCAAGCACUAACCGUAUUGUUACACAUGACCUACCUGUUAGUGUUAUUCCAAGAAGACUGUGGAAUGACUUUUCAGAACCCAGCAUUCCUAACUUUGAUGUAAGCAUUUAUUUGCCAACACUGAAGAUUAUGAAAAAUGUUGUGGAGAGAAUGAAAAAUCUUAGUAAUUUUAUGGUAAUAGAAGCCAACAGGAUCGGUGAAUUUAAUCUCAAGAUAGAAACUGAUUUGGUAUCUGUUUCAACUCAUUUUAAAGACCUGAGGAACCCACCUUGGGUUUCUGAUACCUUGCCAGAAAGAGAUUCUGUUCAUAUGGUGGAAGCUAGAGUGGACAUUCGUAAACUUUUGCAGUUUCUUGCUGGACAGCAAGUGAAUCCUACUAAAGCUAUAUGCAGUGAAUAUUGUUCAUAAACGUAUGAUACAUUUUCUUUUAUUACAUGAAGAUGUUUCCUUGCAGUAUUUCAUCCCUGCUAUGGCCUGAAGAUGUCAUUUAAAAUAUUCAAGUGGCAAAAUAAAUUUAACCCCUUUGUGACGAGA